CGCAGCUCCUCCCCAUCCCUCCACCAAACCCGUGCUGCGCUCCUCCACGUCUAGGUGAGCUUUUCUCCAUUCAUUUUAGUGUCUCCUGCCUCUCAAUCUGAGCAUAAUAAACAGAGACACCGCUCAUCCUUACAUUAUUGGACUAACUGGGGGAUGAUGGGUCUGGACAUGGAUUUACCAUACAUUUGAUUUUUCAAAAAUUACUUUCACAUGAUAGUAAUCUUGUUGCGGUAGAUAAAAUGCUUUAUUUUACCAAAAUGCAGCAUAUUACAUGAAAUUAACACAAUAAAUUCGGCAUGCCGCGUUGGAUGAUUUCCUCACCAAGUUUGCAUUUAUAAUAAAAUACUUUUAUGUUUUUAUUAAAGAUUUUACACAAGUAAAUAGUUUCAGAUAUUGAAAUAAAGUAAUUUCUUAACAGUUUCUUUUCCACUUUGUUGGUUUUUUCUACUUCUGGUAAAUAUAUUAUAAAAUAAUACUGUGACGUAUUGGACUGUCCCGUCAUUCUAAUACCAGGUCACCUGAGGUUGAGUCACCUGCGGAAGAACAGUACAGGUUUACAUUUCAAAGUACCCCUAGGGGCAGAAUCUGUCUUUUUCUUUUCGCAAAACGUUGUUGGCACAUUCAUAGGCUGAGUGUACAUUUGUGUAAAUGUAACAAUAACUGUUAUUGAGUUUAAUUCACACUGAUUGAGCUGCUGUCCAUUCCGUUGGAGAUGGGAUGGUGUGAAAGUGUCACACUUGGAUGAAAAGUUUAACUGUCUGGUGUCACCCCCCUCACCUUGAGGACAUUAUCACUGCAUAUAACAUGAAGGGCUCAUUAACUCUGACACUGGACAAUGCUGAUAAAUGUUUAACACUAGGUGGUGGUAUGAAAUGUAAAAUGUGUCUCUUGUAUUUCAAAAGCACAUUACAAACACACUGCACAGACAUGUGGAGGUUGCUGGAACAUGACAGUACCCUGGUUCUUUUUUGGAUACUAAAAACCAUCAGCUCCGGAUGCUUUUGUCCAUUCCAAAGAUUUCUUUUUCAAAGGACUGCUUGUUCCACCUGUUGAGGGUUCGACUGCUGCCAGCUGCUCGGAGACACUCACACUUUUGCUGGGCGACCCCAUAGGACAGCUGGUACCCCACAAAUGUCUCAAAUUUAGAACUAGCACUUCCAGUUCCAAAGGAACGCCGGAUGUGUUCCACAUUUUCGCCUAUGUUUUCAACAAAACCAGAAUAUAUAUUCGCUUGAUAAACAUUUAAGAUGCAAAUCAUGAUUUUAUAUUAACUGGAAAAGCGACUCGUGUCCAACUGUACAGGAUCCAGGUACAUUCAGCUGUAUUUCACACAUUUUUCAACUGAAAAUUCACAUUUUGUUGCAGGUCUGGGUCUUAUAAAGGGCCACGAUGUCAGAGUAAGUACAGCAUCCAUUUAUUUAUGUGUGAGAUGUGUAAGACUCUUCAGGAAAAGACACCUCACCUAAUGCUUUUUGUGACUUUAAGAGUCAUUCAGUCUGAAACGGUAUUAUGGUCUUAAAAUGAUAUUUAUAAUAUUUGUAAAGAUACACGUUAUUAUCUAAUUCUUGAAACAGAAAUAACUACAGAAGCAUUUUCUGUACAUUCAUCAUGAAUGUGCUGCUGUCCAGCUUCAGAUGCUGAUUUACAUAUAUUUUAUUCAACACGGAAUAAUAAUCUCGUUCCGUGUUUUAACUUAAGGAAAAAGAUGACAUCGAGCCGUAGGCAUCAUCUGAAGAGCCUGAUGCUUCAGGUUGCCAAAGGCUUGCUGGAGGCCAAGGCAGCCGAAGCAAAAGUGGAAAAAAAGAAGUACAUGGAGGAGAACUGCCCCGCGCUCUCGGUGCCCGGAUCUGUGCAGGAAUUGCAGGAACUGUGCAGGAAGCUCCAUCAGCGGAUCGAUAAGGUCGAUGAGGAGAGAUACGACUUGCAGCUCAAAGCUGAGAAGGCUGCCAAGGAGAUCGAAGACCUGAAGAUCAAGGUGAUUGACCUGAAGGGCAAGUUCAAGAAGCCGGCUCUGAGGAAGGUGCGCAUGUCCGCCGACGCCAUGCUUCAGGCUCUGCUGGGCUCCAGGCACAAGGUGUCCUUGGAUCUGAGAGCCAACCUGAAACAAGUGAAGAAGGAGGCCAAGGAGGAGCAGCUGGAAGCCGUCGGCGACUGGCGCAAGAGCAUCGAGGACAAGGCCGGCAUGGACGGCAGGAAGAAGAUGUUUGAGUCCGAGGCCUAGAUAGUUUUACUGCUGCUGGGUUCUGCUCUCUGUCUUAAUCGUGAUCCUGUUCAGUUGUUCUGACACAUUAAGAAAUAAAAUUAAAACUUCUGAAUAAUUCUGACAUAUUACGCUUUAGGAAACGCAUAUGUGGACCUCUGUUUCUGUUACCAAUUUACCUUGUUCACCCACUCCUACCUACCUCUAAUUUCUCAGGUGUCGAAAUCCAAUAAAGUGUAUUUUGCUGGCAAAC